GUCCAAACAAGAAAGAUACUUCACUGUGGGCUCGCUCGCAGACGUAACGUAAGACAUUCAACGAGAGGGAAAGGAAGCUGCCCUUGGAUUUCCGCCACAAGAAAUCUCCCAAAGCCCAUAGUUUUCUUCUCUAUUCAUAACCCAGAUAAAGAAAAUCCUCCCUCUGCCAUAAAAAAAUGACGAUUUGUGUGUGUUCUUGUAGCAAGCCUCUGAUUCUGGCCAAACCCAUUCACAAAAUGAGCUUCUCGGUAUCUACCAAGAGACUACCAAUCAAUUUGGGGGUUGUGCCUUCUGCUACAACCAUCUCCACGACUUCUAGGUGUUUUCGGGUUGUGGCUUCAACGGUGGAUUCAUAUGAAAGCUCCUCUAAUUUCGUUAAACGCAUGGAACAAGCUUGGUUAAUUUCACAGCAACCAAGACCAGUUUCAUGCAUUUCUUGCAGCUCAAAUGGGCACGUUGAAUGCAAAUGGUGUGCAGGUACAGGCUUCUUCAUUCUUGGUGAUAAUAUGCUCUGUCAAGUCCCCUCCAGAAACACAACCUGUGUCAUUUGUGCUGGGAAGGGGUCAAUGCGCUGCUCUGAUUGUAAAGGAACAGGCUUUCGUGCCAAGUGGUUGGAGGAGCCUCCAAUCUCCAACUCCAAGUAGCUGUUGCAUUGUAAAAAAGCUUUCAACAAGAUUAAACUUCAAGAGCAUGGGAAAUAUAGAGCUGGGAUUCUAUUCAUUUUGUGUUCCUUCUUCCUCUCCAUUUUGGAAUUCAUGAUCAAAGCUAUAGCCUCAUUUACUUGAUAGCACAGGUGAUACUAGUAUUGUUUAAUUCUCUGUUGAACAAAGUGAAUCACAAAACCACCGGCCAUAGAUUUAUUUGAUUCAAGUGUUACUAAACUUGUUAAUAUGAGAUCUUUCAGCACACUGAUUAAUUGAUAUUUUUUUUCUGAAA